UUUAAACAUAGACAUAAUAUGUCUUUAAACGUCGCCCUCAGUUUCCUUCGAAAACAAUUUAAAAAAAUACUGUCGUUCACUAUUGGAGACGGCAAGAACUUCAAGGUGUGCGAGAAAUAUAAGACAGCAUGGCAUCCAUUUCGACUGAAGAGACUACACAGCACAGCCCCCAGUUGCUAUUGGUGGGAGAAAAGGAUAGUAAACGUCUUCUAGAAGUGUACGUCAAGCGCAGUUUAAGUCUCAACGAUGGUCCUCUAAUAAAGGGGCAGAAAUCACGCAAAUGUAUCACCAUAGCUGAGCGAAACAAAAGGGGCUGCAGAUAUUCCUCUGAUGCAUCUAUUAACUUGAGUUCACAGGCCUCUGUCACAGAGGAAAACGUUGUGAUGUACGAGCCCUUCCCUGAACCAGAAGUAGACAAAAAUGUUGAGACGUUGUCUGAGAAGAAACCCAAAAAGUGGAAAAUUAAAGGCAGUGUGCGUCGCAAUGAUGGCUCCAAUGCAUCCCAAAAGUCCAACGGCAAACCCAAGAAGUGGUUUCAACGUUUGGAUAAGGAUAAGGAGGAGGGUGAGAAAACCAGUGAUGUUUUACCCCCCCAAGCAAAUACAAAUAGUGUUGAUGUUCAACCAAAGAUGUCAGACAAACUAGAGUCUUCUAAAGAGGAGAAGAAGGAUAAAGAAAGCAAGAAGACAAAGAAACCCACAGUAUGGAAGAGCUUCUUGAGUUUAUUCACCAGAGGAAAUGUUGAGAAGGAACAAGAUUAUCCCAGAGUUAAAGGACCUCACCCUCCUUUAAAACCCUCAACACUGGAAAUGUCUUGUUUACAAAUACAUGAAGCCCUAUCAAAAGACGAAGAUGGUAUGCACCGUACCAAAUCUUUGAAGAAGAAUCAGUCCAACAAGAGAUCAUUAAAAUGGAGGCGAAGUGGAGAUAUGUCCACGGCAAAAUCUGUUGAGAUGGUGGAACCAAAUAGCUCUUACUAUGAGAAAGUGUCAGAGGAACUGGAGAAGAUUGUGCAUGAAGUGAAAGACAGUCCAGGCGAUGGCUAUACCAGUAUUCAACCAACAGUCCAGAAUGGUGGAAAAAUUUCACAAGAAGCAAUCAAGAGGAUCACUGAACUGAUAAAACAGGAAGGAGACCUUAUAGACGAUAAGCUGAAGGAAAAUAGCUCUGUGAGCUCUUUUCUGGAAAGUUCAUUUUCCUAUAGAUCCUUCCAGCAGAUGGCUGACCAGUAUGUCCAGUCAGAAGUUCCUAAUAAGAAAACCCACCCGACAGUGGUUGCACCAGAACUAGUGAAAUUUGCCUUCACAUUAGACUUCACAGCCAGAGUGGCUAAUCUACAUCGACAAGCUACAGGCCACAUCAUGGGCUUAGGGAACCAGUAUCUCCAAGAUCGCUUCACUCAUAUGAGUGAGAGCCAUCCACAUCUUACUGACAUUAAUGCAGAGGACCAGAAAACAGUGAACUUUGACCAAGACUUUUUAAGCUUAUAGUUUAAGUUGAUGCUUCUAGGGACUGCUCGGUACACCUACGUAUCAACACUAAAUGAUGUAAGCAUAAUGCCACAAAGUUAAAGCCAUAAUUAAGGAUUUUAAAAUAGUACCUCAUCCAGGAAAUGGAGAAUAUUUCUCAACAAAUGGAAGCCACCAGCAUCAUAGGCAUUCUGAUGUUUUGUGAACAAAUCUUAGCAAUGGGUAAGGUUUACUCAUAAAAAAAAAAGAAUACACUAAACCAUAAUGUGAAAUUUAAUGUUGUAUAUUAAUGUCAUAUUUUAUGUUUUAAAAAAUGUAUCAAACCUAUAUUGCACCACAAUAUUGUAAGCUUAAUAAGCUUGUAUAUUUUAGAUAUGUUCUAACUAUAUGCAGGCAUAU